UCAUCUUUAAAAAUUAACUAAGCUUUUUAUUUAUCAUCGUUAAGGUCAUUUUGACAGGAGCCGUAAAUUAAAAAUAAUAAAGUUGUCAAUGUGGUGAUUUGUGGACUUGUUUAUUUAUUGCAGAAAAUUAAUAAAAUACGGAUUUUAUUUACGAAAAUCACUAGCAUUUACAUAAAGCUUGAUACAUUCCUGCGUUCAUUUUCUGUACACAUCAAUUCAAGCGACGGCGCUCUACAGCCAUCGAUUCAUUGUCUUCGAGAGACCGAAGGUGAUCGGAUUAGAUGGCAGUGGAGUGGAAGACGCGGCUGCGCUGGCACACGGGGCUCAAUGCGGACUCCGUGGAGUGGUGCCCCGUGGAGCCCUACCGGCACCUGCUGGUCUGCGGCUGCUACCACCUAUCUAAUGAAGAUAAAGAAAAAGAAGCUGGACCAACGAAGCAAAAGAGACUUGGGAAAAUUUACCUCUUUUCCAUCAACCACGACACGACUGCUCUUGUCCCAAUCCAGGAGAUAAACACAGUCGGUGUUCUGGACCAGAAGUGGUGCUACCAUACUAUCCAGGAUUACCCAGUGCUAUGCGUCGUCAAUUCUCAAGGCUUCGUAGAGCUGUACCGACUCUGUGAAGGGACUCGCCUUGAACUGUGGUUAAAAGAAUCAAUCGGUACCGCAGAGGAUAUCCUCGCUCUAUCUGUCGAUUGGUCCACUAAUAAGACCGCGUCUGACAAUCCGAUGCUGGUGGUCAGUGACUCAGAGGGUGCUGUGACGGUACUGCAGAUUGGAGACGAUGGCCUGAAGAAGGUCGGGACGUGGGCCACUCACGGCUUCGAAGCGUGGACAGCUGCUUUCAACUAUUGGAAUCCGGACGUGUUUUAUUCAGGAGGAGAUGACACCUUGUUCAAGUGUUACGACAUCAGGGUGUCUGACGCAGCUGUGGCCACGAACAAAAGCCACGAGGCUGGGGUCACGUGUGUGCGGAAACACACUGAUAUGGAGUACCAGCUCUUGACUGGAAGUUACGACCAAAGAGUGCGAUUAUGGGACACGCGGGCCCUAAAACGGAGUGUCACCGAGAAGCACGUUGGAGGCGGCAUCUGGCGGCUAAAAUGGCACCCCUACCGCCCAGACACCAUACUAGCGGCCUGCAUGUAUGGGGGGUUCCGUACGCUACAGGUUGUCGACGAGGUGUCGCUAUCCGUAGCCUCCGAGUACAAGGAACACGAGAGCAUAGCGUACGGCGCGGAUUGGAUGUUCGACGAAAACUCUUUGGUGGCCACUUGCUCGUUUUAUGAUUGCAAACUGCAUGUAAGUGAAGUUUGUUAGAAUGUUAAUGAAAAUGUUAUAAAAUAUAAAAAUAAGUACACUCCAUUUGGAUUCAAACUGUAACAACUAAUCGCUAAUAUUUUAUGUAUAUAAAAAUAAUAAAAGCACAAAUGUACUAUGAUUUUGUGUGUAUAUUUAUUAUCCUUUGAACCGCUUAAGCCCAAAGAAAGCUGCCUAUUGCUCACUCGAUGACUUUGUGUCACGUGACGUGACUAUUGUGUCCCCAGAUUUGGGGGUUUAUUUGUCACUGUCGUUCAUUCCGCUAUCUAGUAUGAGUAAAAUUAAUAGAUAACUCCGGAAACGGCGUUAUGGAGUAAUCCUAUUGGUACCAGUAAAACAUUUAGAUCUCAUUUUAAACAUGUUGUAUUUCAAUUUGCUUAUAAUGUCAUGAUAAAUAUAAUUUAUAACAAUUACAUACUUAAUAAAGUAAUCAUUUGCCAUAAGUGAUAAAAAAAUUCUUACACCAUUUACAAUAUGAAGGCUUUGGGAUGUUAUCUUGUUCGCUUCUGUUCAUGCGUUUUGUCUGGAUAAAUUUAAAAAACACUAAACUGGCCAGAUUCUCCCUACUAUAAAUUUGUACCUUAACAUUUUCUAAAUAAAGUCUAUUUUCUAUUUACUGGAAUUAAAGUACAAUUUACUCUCACCGCCAGGCAAACGAAGUUCCUCAUACCCCUAACAUGAAAUGCUUCAAAGUUUUUAUACGAGAUUAUUAGAAUAUCGGUGCAUAAUAUUUGCCGCCAUGAUUAAUAAUACUUAACACUUUUGGGCGUCAUCUAUACGCGUUCAGUAGCAAUUUGCUAUGUACUAAAUUCAUACAGUAAGUACAAAAUAUUUACUAAAGAUUUUUAGGGAGAAGGUUUUUUUAGUGAAUCCAUCCAAUAAGGAUCACAUUGUAAGUGAAACUGCAAAAUGCUGUUUAUUGCAUAUAGAUGUCGCUCAAAUCUAUUUCGGUAACAUAAAUGCUUCCACUACUCGCACCCCUAAUUAACUCAUUCUCCAUGUUUUACAUAGUAAAUAACUCAAUCUAAUUUAGCUAAGAUUUUGUGAAGUACAUAGAUAGAAAUGUCUGGGUGUUACAUUUCAUAAUUUUUAUUUAACUUUCACAUUAAUCAGCUUUAAAGUCUCUAACAUUAUCUAAAAAUCAUCUGUGUAAAUAAAUAUGUAUAUCAGAUUCUGCAAAUAUCAAUAUUUAAAAAUGAUUUCAUAUGCAUAUUAUUAUGCUACAUUCCUUCCAUUUGCGACUGAUACUGGAUAGUAUAACAUCCUAUGUUGUACUUGAGACUUGAAUGUGUUAAUAAUAUCCUAACUCGAAUUUUGGCAAAGCAAAGUUAUUGAAAUUUGAACAUUUAACGUUAUAUUUUGUAAGCUAUGUACAAUUUCGUUCAUUAAGCUUUCGAUUUUUAUAACAUUCAAAUGAUUUUUAUCACAUUAUUUUUAUCUAUUUUUUACGAUUAGACCCGCUGUUGUUAAUUUAUUAUUUUUUCAUAAUUAUGAGACAGUAUGCAUUUAUUAUUUUAAUUAUGCAAACCAGCAGGUAGCGGUUCUAACGGUAAAUUGUAAACGAGUCAGACUUUCCUGCCAAUUCUUCCUGAGAAUGUGUUAUUAUAUUUGCUUUCUGCAGUCACAAAUCUGUUACUAUUAUACUAUGAUUAUAUAAAAAUAAACUCUUUCAUCAGAACUACAGAAAAGAAGCGAUAAGGCAUUACAAUUGGUACUACACCUGUCUAUACAUUUUGGUCUUGACAUAGUCUAGCUUGCUACAUAACAAAGUAUUAUUCCCUUGCUCACUAUGGAAAUGUGGAUACAGUAAUGCCGUAACAUUUUUGAAUAAGAAUGUACUAAUCUUUAACAUCCAUUCUGAUUAUAGCCAUCUGUUAGCUUCUCAUACGUCGUAUUGCUAGGAUUCCCCGCACCAGACAGAGUCGGCGGUGCCUCGAGAACAUUAUACUAUCACAUCAUAAAAAUAAUUCGCGUAAAAUAUUUGAGGCAUUUCAAUUACAAAUGUAAGCGUAAGUUCACGGUAUAUAACCAUUAAGUUGAGAAUACACGACUGUGUACACUCAUAACAAUGCAGUAUCGACGCAUAAUGUUACGAAGCUAAAAAUGCAAAUUGUAAAUUUUAAUAAGAUCCCAAACGAUUUAUAAAAUUUCAAAUCACAAGACACUAUUAAUUAGACUAGUUUUGAUUCUAAAAUGGCAACUAAACAGUUGUUUGUCUCACAUAAAAUAUACUAGUUACACAAAUGUAACUUCAUUACUUUUAAUAUCACUGCAUCGUUACACAAUUAUGUAAACAACAUGUAUCGAGAUUUACACCUUUCGGACAGUUUACAAUGAGUAGAAGUGUAAAUAUUUACAACGAGAGUAAAACUUUAAUAAUAGUACUUAUAGAUAGAAAACUCUAACUCAUCUAAAAUAGGUGAAUUAUCACUAGGAGUCUAGAUUCAGUGACAUCUAAGAGGUGAUAUAAAUAAAUAAAAAUAAAAUUAUAUUUUACUCAUUGUACACUGUAUAUUCCGUGGGGCACGUCCGUUCUUUUCGAAAUUUCUUUCGUUGGUUGAAAGUCGAUCACAAUGGGACGCCCGCUAAAUGGCAACUGGGUUGGCGACUGUUAUUGUGAAGUCAAUUCCUUUAAUUAGAUGUUUUGUUGCCAAAUAAUUAACUAGCUGCCGAUAACUACAAAACCCAUUUUGAUCAGGCAUUCGAGCAACUGAUGCUUUAUUUAUUAUGCAAAUAUCUUCAAGAUUUCGAACGGAUUUGUGCCACGAAAGUUCAUAAUCGCGUACCGUACGCUACAAAAUACUGUAUUUCAUUUAACCGAUGUCAGAUCACGCUAGUCCCGCGGAGAGACCGCUAUUUACAACAUAUAAUUAUAUUUACAUCGAGCUAGAGUCCGUGCCUCGAACUAAGCUAACUAUUUAACAUUAUCAUACUGUCUUCCAAUAGACAUUUUACAUUUACGAAGGUCUUUUUGUGCCUUGAAGAUAAACAUGAUUUAUCAGAGUAUAGAAGACACAUUUACAGAAUUAAAAGUUUUUUUUAAUAAAUAUAACACUCUUUAAGAAUUGUUACUCCAGGAUCAACCAUGGAUGUAAUAAAUCUUAGGUUUCAGUAUUUUUUUUUGUAAGAACUAAGUUUUUUUUACAUUUUUGUGUGUUGAAACCUUACAACUAAAAUAAUAGACACAAAAAGACCAUACUAUUUCCUGAACAUUCUACUGAAAAGAUGGUUUGAUCACUUUAGUGUACUCUGACACUUAGCAUAUCUGCCCUAAAAUGUGAUUUUUUCGUUUCUUACAAUUAUCAUUUUGAUACCUUCUACAUAUAAAAUCUUGAAUAUAUUGUAGAUUUUAUACAAAGUAGAUAUCGUUAAGGGUUUGGUGUCUAACCAGGAUGUACAAACAUACUUGAACGGGCACAAGCCCCAGCUUUUUGACAGAUUAUCAAGUGUUAAUCAGCCGGUCAGAUCCUGUACUUAAUUUAUUAAUAAGUAGAUUCACUGGAAUCCAAAAU